AUGUCUGUUAAUUCUAGUACACUUUCCACGUCACUUUCCUCAGGACAAUCUAUUAAUAAAAAUGAAACUGAAAAAAGAAAAAAAAAAGUAGAUUUGUUUUUAGGAAAAACGAUUCAAGAUAUGAUUGAUUUAAUAAAUGAUAGUGGUUUUAUUAAUGAAUGUGAUAUAAAAUUAAAAAAGAUAGAUUCUAAAAAAGUAAUAACUUUUAAAAUUAGUGUUAGUAGUGGAAAAUUACACAAAUGUGAAAAAUAUCCAUGUGACUGUCAAGGUAAUUCAACGCGAUAUGUUACAAGUGAUGGAACUUCAUUACUUUCCUCAAGUUCUAACUCAAUCUCAUCGUCGCAGAGUGAAAGUAAUUCUCGAAGUAGGCUUACAAAUACUUCAAUAAGUGAUUGUAAAUGUGGAUGUGCUAAUGGAAAAAAUGUCACAUCCUACACUUCAACAGAUACUUCAGACUUUAACUCUGAUAUUUUUUCUGCAACGACUGAGUCUUCGGGAGGAUCAUCUCUUUGUAGUAGUACAACUAACAGUUAUAUAUGUAAUAGUGGUAAAGUAGGAAAAUAA